AUUGGUUCGAGGUGGCGGCGAGACUCCGACGCCGGACCCGGCGAUUCCAUGCAGCCGAUUCCUGCGAGAGAUGCUGCGGUGGCGCAGGCGGAUCCGUUUUCGGAGCAUGGACGAGCGCGAGAGAUGGCGGCGAUCGUGUCGGCGCUGAGGCGAGUCGUUGCAGGAGACACUGCCGUGGAUGCUCCAUCGUUCUCGCCAUCGCGGGGUGGUGGUCGUGGCGGCGUCAUCGGGUAUAAGAGGGAACCGGACGAGUUGAUGGGAGAGAGGGCAUACAAGCAUCAUCGAGCUCCAGCUCCUGUGGCAGAAGCCACCCCUUCCGCCACUCCAUUGGCGGAGGAAGGAGAAAGUAGGAAGUACAGAGGCGUUCGACAGCGGCCGUGGGGCAAAUGGGCGGCGGAGAUCAGGGAUCCCCACAAGGCGGCCCGCGUCUGGCUCGGCACCUUCACGACCGCCGAGGCCGCCGCCCGGGCGUACGACGAAGCCGCCCUCCGCUUCCGGGGCAGCAGAGCGAAGCUCAACUUUCCCGAGGACGCCCGUCUCGGGCCCCCGCAGCCUGGCGUGGCGGCGGCAAGGUGGCCAGAAUCCCAGCCUUGGAGGGGCUCUUGGGAGCAAGCAAGGCUGCCCGGAGAAGCAGAGCAUCGUCCAGUUACGGAUUCCAAGUCCUCCAUGGCUUCUAACUGUGCCGGUUCUUCUUCUUCCACAGAUCAACACAUGGGUUAUCUUCCACAGGCAUCAUGGAUAGAGUCCAACCAACACAGACCAUCUUCGUCCGCAGAAUAGUGUUCCAUCUCUCAUCUCUCA